GAAUGAAGGUUAUUUGUACGUGUUUACUUUUGUCAAUAUAUCAUUAUGAAGUCACAAAUUGUCUUCAAAUAUGUUUUGUGUGCAGUCAUGUAAAGGAUUUUGCAUCCUGCCAACAAAAUGUACGAAUCUGUUCACUGGGAGAGGUUUGCUUUACGUCAGAAACCUUCAAUAACAAUGGUUUUCUGGUUUACAACUCAGGCUGUGUGUCUAAGCAGAUAUGUGAUACUAUCAAUGGUCUUGAUGGGACAGUUAAGCACACCACACAUGCACCAGUGAUGAUUGGUAAUAUCUUAGGCAAACGAAAUUUAAACACAUGCUUUCGUUGUUGUGCCAAUGACGGAGAUAUGUAUCGCCCAUGUAACAUGAAUCAGUGCAGCAUGCAAGCCAUUUCUUUAACGACCAUUGUCGCUUCAACUAGAACCCUACCAUCUAAAGCCCAUACUAAUUCACCCAAAACAACGGCCACUUCACCCACAACCACGCCCAACUCGACCGCAACCACGCCCACCUCGACGAUAACCAUGUCCACCUCGACCACAACCACGCCCACUUCGACAACGACAACGCCCACUUCGACCACGACAACGCCCACUUCGACCACCACAACUCCCACUUCGACAACGACAACGCCAACCUCGACCACAACCACACCCACUUCGACCACGACAACGCCCACUUCGACCACAACGAUACCAAUUACAACAUCCACUUCAUCCACACCAACUUCCUGUUAUCUGUGUAAUGGAAUGCCGAUAUAUAUAUGUGAACAGUUUUCUACACCGUUACAAUGUGCCACUCCGGACCAACAGUUUUGUUUAAAUAUAUUGGUUAACAGAAGAGAUGGCUCCAGAACACUGGAUAGAAGAUGUGUCACUGAACAAGAAUGCCGAAAAGAAUGGUGGGAGAAAACAUCCGACAGACAGGAAUGCAGCGGAUACAAUCCGAGCAGCUACACUGCAAUGGAAUUCACGUGCUCAUUUUGUUGUUCCGGUUCUCAGUGUAACAAAAACAUUAUUCCAGAUAACUUGUACGCUCCAUCUAAAAUAUAACAUAAUUGUUUAAAAUA